GAAUGCUCUCCAUACGCAGCUCACUUGUACGACGCCGAGGAUCCUUCCACCCCGGUGCGGACGAUACCAGGACUUUGCCAAGACUAUUGCCUGCAAGUGUGGCAAAAAUGCCGCUCCAUUUUUCGCUCUCUCUCUGCAGACCAAGAGUUAAUCGCACUGGAGAACAACAUGGCAAAAUUCUGCCGCUACCUGUCCUUGGAGGACACAGACUACUGCUUUCCACACCUGCUGGCUAACCAGAACCUGAACCAAAACCUGGGGUUAGUGACUGCCGACGCAGAGGGCUGUCUCCAGCUCUGCCUCGUGGAGGUCGCCAACGGGCUGCGCAAUCCUGUUGCGAUGGUGCACGCCAACGAUGGCACCCACAGGUUCUUCAUUGCGGAGCAGGUUGGCCUGGUGUGGACCUACCUCCCUGAUCGAUCCAGGCUCGAAAAGCCAUUUCUGAACAUCAGUGAAGCCGUACUUACCUCACCUUGGGAAGGAGACGAGAGAGGUUUUCUAGGUAUUGUCUUCCAUCCUAAGUUCAAAUUUAAUGGUAAAGUGUAUGUCUACUAUUCAAUUGAAGUUGGUUACGAAGAGAGAAUCCGAAUCAGUGAGUUCAGAAUUUCUUCUGCUGACAUGAAUGCUCUGGAUCAUGGUUCUGAAAGGAUAAUCCUGGAAAUAGAAGAACCUGCUUCCAAUCAUAACGGAGGAGAGCUGCUCUUCGGAGAUGAUGGUUAUCUCUAUAUAUUUACUGGAGAUGGAGGCAUGGCUGGGGACCCUUUUGGGACCUUUGGAAACGCCCAGAACAAAUCAACCCUUCUGGGCAAAGUGCUGCGGAUCGAUGUGAACAACAACGACCGUGGGCCACUGUACCGAAUCCCUCCCGACAACCCGUUUCUUAACGACCCUAAGGCUCGCCCCGAAGUCUACGCGUACGGAGUGAGAAAUAUGUGGCGCUGCUCUUUUGAUAGGGGCGAACCUCACACCAAGGAAGGGAAAGGGCGGCUCUUCUGCGGAGACGUGGGGCAGAAUAAAUACGAAGAAAUCGACAUCAUUGAGAAAGGGAAAAAUUACGGCUGGAGGGCGAGGGAAGGGUUCAGCUGUUACGAUAAAAAACUUUGCGCCAAUUCUUCAAUGGAUGAUGUGCUUCCAAUCUAUGCGUAUCCACACAAAAUGGGGAAAUCCGUCACGGGAGGCUACGUCUAUCGGGGCUGCGAGUCUCCAAACUUGAAUGGCCUGUACAUAUUUGGUGAUUUCAUGAGCGGACGCCUGAUGUCUCUGAAGGAGGAUGGUGCUACCGGAGAAUGGCAGUACAGCGAAAUCUGCAUGGGAACGGGACAAACAUGCAUGUUCCCUGGGCUGAUCAAUAACUAUUACCAAUACAUCAUCUCCUUUGCUGAGGAUGAAGCAGGAGAACUUUACUUCAUGUCUACUGGUGUACCAAGCGCCACGGCUCCCCAUGGAGUGGUAUACAAAGUGGUGGACACCUCUAGGAGGGCACCACCAGGAAAAUGCCGAGUUGAGCCGUCGCCAGUGAAAGUAAAAAGCAAGCGCAUCCAGUUUGUGCCAAAGGAGA